AUGUUACACUUCCCGCUUGACGCUGAUUACAAUUAGUAGUGAACUAAAGUAGCAUUUUGUAUUUGUUUCUGCUAAAGAACAUAUUUUGUUUAGGUAUGAAGAUGUCUAAUCGAAUCGAUAUUUUACGUAAUGAUGAAGAUGAAUAUGCGUAUAGUAAGAAAAAGCAUAGAAGAUGCUCAGAUGAUAAAAAAAGAAGUAGAAGUAGAAGUAGAUCACAAAGUAGCAGUCGUCGUCGCUCCUCAUCUAGAAGUCAAAGAAGGCAUAGGCGUUAUCGAGGCUCGUCUGGUACUCGAGCUUUAAAACGCUCUCACGACAGAGAAAUAAGACUUAAGCAGUAUUACAACAAGAAGCACAAAGAUUUGCACGAAAAUGAGAAUAGAGGAAGACGAAGAAAUCUUGAAAACGGACAUUCCAGUCGUUCAUCAAGCGAAUCUACUGUUUGUACUAAUCAUCAAGUGAAAGAUGAUAAAGAUGGACAUCUUAUAUACAGAUCAGGAGACUGGCUGCAAAAUAGAUAUGAAAUUUGGUCAUUGCUUGGUGAAGGAACAUUUGGAAAAUGUUUAGAAUGUUAUGACAGGAAACAUGACAAAGUAAUUGCUCUAAAAGUUAUAAAGAACAUUGAAAAAUACAGAGAAGCUGCUAAAUUAGAAUUAAAGGUUUUAGAAAAAUUGUCGAAAAAAGAUCCUGAAGGAAAACACUUGUGUAUUAAAUUACUUGGUGCAUUUGAUUAUCAUGGACAUGUUUGCCUUGCAUUUCCUAAACUUGGAAAGAGUGUUUUUGAUUUUUUGAAAGAAAAUUUAUAUCAACCUUAUCCAAUGCUUCAUACCCAACAUAUUGCCUAUCAAUUGUUAUCGUCUGUUAAGUUUCUGCACAGUAUUAAACUUACUCAUACUGAUUUAAAACCAGAAAAUAUGUUGUUUGUUGAUUCAUCAUAUGAUACCCAUUGGAAUGAAAAAUCUAGACAAGAAGUUCGGAUACUGCAUAGCUCAGAAAUGCGCCUAAUUGAUUUUGGCUCUGCCACAUUUGACCAUGAACAUCAUAGUACUGUUGUAUCUACAAGACAUUACCGCGCUCCAGAAGUUGUAUUAGAAUUAGGCUGGUCUCAACCAUGUGACAUUUGGAGUUGUGGUUGUAUUAUCUAUGAAGUGUAUACUGGCAACACAUUGUUUCAGACGCAUGAUAAUCGGGAACAUUUAGCAAUGAUGGAAAGAACUUUAGGCAAGAUACCAAGUCAUAUGAUAAAAAAAUCGAAGAAAACUAAAUAUUUCCGUAAAGGAAUGUUAGAUUGGGAUGAGUAUAGCUCAGAAGGAAAAUAUGUAAAGGAUAACUGUAGACCAUUAAAUGAAUACAUGACUUCGAAUCGAACAGUUCAUAUCGAAUUAUUUGAUUUACUCAGUAAAAUGUUAGAGUAUGAUCCCGACAAACGAAUUACUGCUCAUGAGGCGCUUCUUCAUCCGUAUUUCACGUGUCUCGUACCUAGGCGUCGCAACGACUCGAGUUGCUCAUAACUGUUUAAUGUAUAUUUUUUGUUUAAUUCGAUAUUAUUUUUGAAAUUUCUUUGUAUAUAUUAUUUUACUCGUAUAGAUAUAUUCAUA